AUGGAGGAAAAUGAAGGGAUUGGAACUAUAACCAUUCUCUACGGCACUCAAACGGGUUCUGCAGAGCAGUUGGCCUUCACGUUUGCUUCUCUGGCCAUAAAACGUGGGUUCAAACGCUGUGUUUGUCUUCCUGCCGACGAAUUCCCGCUCGAUAAGUGGCGUGAUGCCACACCGCUGGUUAUUAUAUGUUCAAAUGCCAAUCAGGGCGAAGCUCCGGAUUCUAUUAGAAUUUCGUGGGCACAGCUACUGCAUUCCACAGCUCCAUCCAUGGACGGAUUGCGCUUCGCUGUAUUUGGAACCGGGGACUCAAUUUAUCCAAAGUUCAAUUACAUGGCGAAAAUGCUUCACAACAGGCUUCGGCAACUCGGAGGCACUCCGCUUUUAAAUCGCGGUCUUGGGGAUGAGAGUGACAGGAAGGGCUAUGAUGAAGUUUUCCUGCCAUGGGUGCUGGAACUGUGGCGCGCUCUAGGUUUGGUAAGUGAAGAUGACAGUCAUCUCAAAGAGGAAAAUCCUUCCGACGCACCUCUUCUAUGCAAGUACGAGGUGGUUCCUUGUAAUGAUGAGUCCGCGCCACAAGGGGGCGUGGAUGUGGCAGUUCGUAGACGGGAACCAGUGUUUAACUGCAGGUUAGUUCAGAACAAACGGCUUACAGCGGAAGAUCAUUUACAGGCGGUGCAUCAUAUUGCUUUCUCGCGUGAAACUACGCCCGCUGAGGGAAGCUUGCUACCAUACGACACUCCUCUUGCUUUUGAAGUUGGAGACGCACUGGGAGUGUACUGUACUAAUGAGGAUGCUAUCAUCGAUAGGGUACUGACCCAAGUUAAUGAGGACGGGGACAAGGUGGUUUGUAUAAAACCCAACAACUCACAGGGUAUUAUCCAACAACAGGAGCAACCGUUUUUUAAUCGACCAAUGACGCUUCGGUUCUUUUUGAAGCAUUACGUGGACCUGGAAGCGGUGGUGAGUCGUUCAUUUUUCAGAAUGAUGGCCCACUACGCUGAGGAUGCUGAACUCAAGGAAAGACUGUGGGAACUCUCGUCAUCGGAUAACUUGGAUGAUUUUAUGUGGUACUGCCAGCGGGAAAAAAGGAAUGUUGCGGAAGUUCUGGAUGACUUCCGAGCUGUGCGACCGCCGCUAGCAUUGUUGCUUAGUUUCAUGCCGCCCAUGCGUGCCCGCCUUUUUUCCAUUUCCUCCUCACCGUAUGUUGACUGCGACACUUUCCACCUCACUGUCGCACUUGUGGAGUGGCAAACACCUUACAAACGAACUCGCAGGGGAUUAUGCAGCUCCCGUCUUACCUCAGCGAAGCCCGGCGAUGUCUUCACUUGCUUCCUUUGGGAUGGCACGAUGAUUACGCCCUCCACACCGGCCCCGCUGCUGUGUGUUGGAACUGGGACUGGUGUGGCGCCUAUACGGUCCUUAAUUCGCGAAUGUGCUGGGCACUCUGACAUUUGGGGUGAGGUCCCCAUCCUUCUUUUCUUCGGAUGCCGGAACGAGACGAAGGACUAUCUGUAUCAGCAGGAGUGGGCCGACUUAAAGCGCGACCACCUGAAGCAGCUGCAAGUUCUUCCCGCAUUUUCUAGGGAUGGAGAGAAAAAGUUCUACGUUCAACAUCAAAUUGGUCGUCACGCCAGACGGGUCGCGAAGUUGCUGGAUGCAGGAGCAACCAUCUAUGUGUGUGGUAAUUCGAAACAAAUGCCCAAAGAUGUUGCCACGACACUCGAAGAUGUCGUCACACAGUGCUGUUGUGAAGGAGAUGAAGCGAAGAGUCAGGAGUACAUGAAGCAACUGAGGAAACAAGGAAGGUAUGUGGUGGAUACAUGGUCUGUGUAG